AUGUCCAGAAGAAAAAUCCGAGAAGUUUUCAAAGUCUCCACGUCAGAUUCCCAAAUCUUUUAUGUUAAACGAAAUUUGAUCAAACAUUCGAAAAUCAUUCACAGUAUCAUUGUGGAGUUGGAAUUAGAUAUCGAAGAUGAAGAAAUGGCUCCGAUCAAUUUAGAUGAUGUAGAUGGAAAGACGUUAUCAAGAAUUGUCGACUGGCUGGCUUUUCACGAAAGCACCAAUACCUUAUCCCUUAUGCCAGAGAGGGCUGAUCAAAUCGGAAGCUGGGAAAAAGAACAUCUUAGAAAAAGCAUGGACGAAUUUCUGAAUAUAAUUCGGGCAUCCCAUGCUCUAGAGAUCCCAAAACUGAUUGCUACUGUUAAUCUACUGUUUGCAGAUAUCAUGAAAGGUAAAACCACUGAGCAAACUUUGGAAUAUUUCGUGAACAUGUGA